AUGGAGGAUUGUAAAGAUGAAAGGUGGAAAUGGUUCAAGGUAAAAAAAGGAGAUGAUGGAACCUUCAUAAAGAUAAACGUGCCUACUAUUGAUCAACCACGAUAUCAUUUAUAUAUGUUGGGGGAAGGUUCAACUGCAGAUGGUAGGAUUGCUCGAGAUGCCCAAAGUAGACCUAACGGAUUAAAAAUUCCUCGUGGUUUUCUUGCUCCAUAUAGAGAACAACGUUAUCAUUUGCAUGAACGGACAAAUCCACCUACUAAGAAAGAGGAGCUUUUUAAUAUGAGAUACUCGUCUGCCAGAAAUGUGAUCGAACGAACAUUUGGUUUGCUCAAGAUACGAUGGGGAAUAUUAAGAAACCCAUCAUUUUACUCACUCAAAACACAUUCCGAUAUAAUCCUUGCAUGUGUUUACCUGCAUAAUCUCAUACGACAACAAAUGGGUUAUGAACCACUUGAGGACAAUUUAGAAGAUUAUAUGAGUAUAUUACAAACAGAUAACAACAUUGACAUUGAUGGUGGGGAAGCAUCAGUGGAAUGGGGUCUUUGGAGAGAUCAAUUAGCGCAAAAGAUGUGGGCCACAUGGCGGCCAAGAAGAGGCACAUAA